UCUUCUCUAGUGACAACUACUUGUUACUUGCUCUCAAGUCUCAACACGGCUUCUUCUGGAAAAAAAAAUGGUCAUGAAAAAACAACUUUCUUGUAUUGGAACUCGUGUCAAGAAUUAUGACAAUUACAGAAAUCUCACGUUAAAAAAAUGGACAAAGAAAGAAGGAAGAGCCAAAGUAGGAAGGAAGAGCCAGUCAAGGCAGAGGAAGUUGUGGUUUUGAUUGAAAGUGAGGCUGAUGAUGAGAGUAGAGUUACAACGGUUGAAGAAACCAGGGAAGAAGGAAAAGCUGAUAACCAGAAAACUUCUCAAGAAUCUUCAACCUCCAAAGGCGAUCAAAGUGGAGAUAAAACUGGUGAGCUUCCUGUUUCAAGUGAAGCUGAGGUUAAAGAUGCUGAAAGCACUUCUGAAAAAGGGGCCAAAAGUGCGCCCUCCAGUGAGGCAAAGAAGAAGAAGAGUGUGAAAAAGAAGCCACAGCAGCAGCAGCAGAAGGUUCCCUCCUAGACGGACUUAACUGAGAAAUUUAUUAUUAUCCUAGUCUUUUUUAUGAUGCUAGCUUUUGUCUUAAUAAUCUUGUUGAUGCACAUUCAUCACCUAUAUAUAUAGUUAUAUAUAUUGUUGUUGUUAUUAUUGUGUGAUUUCUUGUUUCCUUUAUUUUCU